AAAAUAUUCACUAAAAUGCCAUACAAAUUUGCAAUAUGAAUUCUAAUCCUUCUCUUUGGAAAGUCAAUGGCGUUUGAUUUUGGCAGAAACUUGCUAUCUAGUUCUUCAUCAAUUUGCAGAAGCUGCAUUGAGAACACCUCACAGAAGUGGUGUGUCUCCAGAUACAGCAGCUCUAACCAAGGAGAAUGAUGAUCCACAAGUGACACUUCAGGCUACUGCUACGGUCAAAGUAGCUAUGUUUGCUCUAACGAUGAUGAUAUUGAAGGAACUGCUGGAACCAACAAUUACGGCGGAUACAUCUUGUGCCCAUCAUACAGCUCAGAUUGUGGAUCUCUAAGUAAAUCUUUUUAUUACAAUGGACAAAGCUCUACCUUUGAGAAAAAUUAUAUUCCUUCAAGCGUUGUCUGUGUGUAUCAGGUCACUUCGUCAUCAAUAUCUGCUAAUGGUCUCAAGAUUGAAGUUAAGAAUGCAACAGGAGUUGAUAUCAACGUGUACACAAGCUCGAGCAGUUACAACUAUGACAAGGAAGGUUCCAUGUACUGGAACGAUACCAAGACAGUCUCUCUAUCUACCAGCACUGAUGUCUACAUAAUGGUCCACCCCACCUCCUUUUUCAACGGUGUCGAAAUCGAUGUUGAAUCAGUGAAGACAUACAGUGAAAUAGCAGAAGUGGCACUAGUUUUUGUUAUCAUCGGCAGCAUUUGCUGCUUCAUGAUAAUUAUGGGCUGCAUUAUCUUUGGUGUUAUAUAUUGUGUUGCUAAAGGAGCUCAAGGCUCCAUUAACAACCAAGGAAGAGCCAACAACAUGGCUGUAGCAGUAGUCAAUAACGACAUCCCCCCUCCAAUCUACCAAAACCCUCCCCCUGCUCCAAACCAGCCAGGUUACAUGAUUCAUCAGCCACAGAUGAUGUAUAUUGAUCCCAACACGAACCAGAACAUUGCAUACGAUCCAAAUAACGCAAUGCAGCCACAAAUGGGUAUUCCUUCCAACAACCAGCCAGGAAUGGAGCCCGUUAUGGUGGGAAACCCAAUCGCGCCAGUCCAACCCCCAGAGAACAAACUUGGCUAAUUCUCUCAAUAAUUUCUC